AUGAAUUUGUAUGUGGAGUUCUUUGGCAAGCCGCGUGGGACAUAUGGAGGGGAGAUGGGGACUUUGGCGCGUGGGGUGUCCAAGAAGCGCAAGAAGAUAGGUGCCGAUGGGACCCAGACCGAAGUCAGCCUGAUGAAAAAACAGCGUGCAGCUCUGGAGCAUCUGGCAACAGUGAGGCCUGCGGGGAGACAGAAAACCAUGUUUGGCACGGCCAUGCCGGGCCCGGCGGAUGUGGCAUCAGUCUGGACCGAUAGACAUGCUGAUCUGUCAGAAGCUUUCAAGGAGAAGCUUGCCUGCAAGGUAGCGGAGGCCCGAGAGACUACAAAGCAGGGGCUGCGAGCUUCCUGCACUGCCCCGCUGAAGACGAUGGCCAAAAAGAGCGCAGCCCGACGGAUCCAGAAGAUGCACGAUGACAUGGCCAAAGCAGCGGCGCGGGGUGCGGCGAGACGUUACGAUGCUGCAACUUGCUAUAUCUCCGCAAAGAACAUCUCGCCUGUGCACUCGCAGAGAACGACAGAGGACCUCCGCAAGGCCGAUAUCAUCAUCACCGGCCGCAAGUUGGAGAAGCCCGAUUGGAGAGCUGCGCAUGCCAUGGUGACGGGCAAGGUCGUCGCUGAGGGCACCGACCUAAGCAAAUCUCGAUACAUCAAGUGGCAGAAGCGGCCGGAGACGAUGACAAGCCAGUCCUUGUAUUUCACCGAGCCUUUCCAGAAGAAGUUUCGCAGCUUGGACAAGCUUCUGCGUGAGGUGGCCGAUCGCGAGGGCUCCAAAUGGAAGAUAGUUCCGAAAGAGUCGUAUCCGCCACCCAAAGGCACCAAAGUGCUCUCCCCGGCCAAUAUUUGGGAGAGCUUGUUUUGGCUCCAGAUUUCGUCCGCUGCGGCAGCCAUCAACUGGCAAGCUGUGAGCAAAGUGGCCCAGAGUGAGCUGGUCCUAGGCGGAUCGUUAUCCCAGGCAGAAAUUGGUGUGGUGUCGCCGGAGAACGUGAAUGUCUAUCCAGAUGCGGACUCCGUCCGCGUCAUCUGGGGCGAGGAGAUGGUGCUUGGACUGAUGGUGGGGAUCUUGAAGAUCUACGAGCGGGCCGUUAAGAAUCAAUCGCCGAAGGAAGUGGCGACUGUGAUGAAGAGGUGGGUGGUCGAGGUGGCAUGCUGCCCCCUCAGGUGGCACCCACGUAGUUCCGAGAGCGGCGUCUUGCUCGCAGGCUUCAAGAUGGACGAGGCCGUUCAAGCCAAGAGCCUGUGCCGACUGACAUUUAGCCAGAUCGCGAUUCGCAUCAACUACACCAAGAAUGUUCUUGAGAAAGAAGGAAAGCUGAAAGACAAGGAGAGUUUGUAUAACUUCUUUGCGAAAGUCAAUGCGACAACGAAAGAGGAGCUCAGUCAGUCAGUCAAUUGUGAUGCAUGUUUGAAAUUGUUACUGUUGAAGCUUUAUUCCUCUGCGCAGGCUCCCUACUCCAAGAGUGCCAUUUCGUUCAUGGAGAUCUUCGGUGAAGAGAUCCUCGGCACUGAGUCGCUUCUCUACGAGUUUCGCCAGUUGGAAGGACUCUGUUUGUCGUACGAUGGACCGCUUUCAGGCUGGUCCAAGGUUGAAAGACUCACUGGGGGGGUGAAGAGCCACCUGAAGAAGAGAUCGAUCGUCGCGACCCUGGAGCAGAGGCAGGACUACUACAGGUUCAUAUUUCGCUCUCUGAUGGCAUCGUUGAGCAACAACGACGACCGAUCCAUGUCCAAAGAAUUCGUCGGAGGUGGUAAAGGAAAGGUCGGUCUCUUCGAGACUUACUGCUUUCGCUAUACGGUCUUGAAGGAGCUGCUGGCAAUGGUGGCCAAAUGGGAUGUUAGUGCGGCCGAUAGAGUGCGGAACAAGAUGCUGUCGCCGGAGGUUGCCAAGUCAAAAAUGACUUGGGUGUCCUGUCAGCAUUCAGUUCAGCUUGCCAUUAGCAGUCUUUGGAAGCCGUCACCUGUCAUCGCUAGCAGAGGUGGGAGCAGAGAAGAAGAGCAUCCAGACGGUGAGUACGAUGCCACGAUGAGAGGAAUGGCAAAGAACUGUUCUACGGCGUCGGGCGAUGAACUGAUCAGUUACGGGUCUUUGUCGGAUAAAACUAGCUCUCUGAAGGAGCAGUUGAAAAAUGAUUUUCCGGCCGAUGGAGCAUUGGCGUCACUACAGCGGCUGAUGACGACCGAUGGGGCCGACAGCAAGGACAAGGAAAACACAGCCGAGGAGAUGCAGACGGACGCGAUGAAGUUGCAAGAACGAAUCAGACAGGUUGCCAAGGCGAAGGUGGCCAAGAUGUUCGAGAUCUUUGCGCCGAAGUCGUCAGAGGCGAGCCCAUCACUGGUUGCCACUCUAAUGGCCACUGCGGUUGCGACAAAGGUUCAGCUCCAGACCGAUGAGUGCGGCGUCGUGGUGGUAAAUCCAAAAAUGUGGUCGGAGACGAAGACCCGUCCAGAUGCACUUUUCGCCCCGCCCCACGGCUAUGUCCCCUGUGGGUAA